AUGCGCGAAGCUCGUCUACGAUGGUAUGGUCAUACUCUCCGAGCAAAGAGCGACAGUGUCCGUAAGAUUGGACUCAACCUUUACGCGUCCAGGAAGCGGCCUAGUGCACGUCUAAAGCAGCUCGAUACGUUGCACGGAGACCUUAAAGCGGUCAACAUCCACCCCGAUCAAGCGUUCAAUCCGGAGAAGUGGCGCCAAGAUAUCAGAAAAGCGGACAAAAGGUUAUUGUUGAGAAAAGGAGGUUAG